AUGGGAUCGAAAAAAAAAAGAAAUAAGCAUCAACAAGUUCAUAAAAGUUCUUUAUCCAAUUCUGAAAGCAACAAUAAUAAUAUUUGUGAUGAACAUUCUGAAAAUUCUGAACAGCCGUUAGAAGAAAUUCCUAAAACUGGUUUUAAAAUUCUUCCCCUUGAAAUUGAGUCAAUUUCUAAUCAAACUAAUAAUUUAUCCACAAAUCUUUCAUCAUCAAUUAAACAUAAUCCACUUGUUUCAAUUCAUUAUUGCUAUUUUAAAAGUCAUGAUCCGCGUAUAAAUAUUCGCGAUAAUUCGACAAUUCUCCCAGCAGAAAGAACACUAUUCAUUACAAAUUUACCAGUAGACACAACUGAAUGUCAUAUUAGGCAUAUAUUUGAAGAAUGUGGCAUAAUUGAUCGAAUUUUAUUUCAUGGAGUAUUAAAGAAUAAUGAAUUUUUAUCAAGUGUGAUCAAUGCUGACAAUAAUGAUGGAUCAAUUCUAAUGGAAAAUAAAAUACAAGGAAAAAAAUCGAAGAAAAAGAAAAAACAAAAAUUUAAUGAGACUGUCGAAAAUUCAGUCUUAGAAGGAUCGAGAAAUUUGUUGAUACCGGGUUCAACAGCACAUAUAAUAUUUAAAGAUUCUGAAGGAUUAACCAAUGCACUUAAUAUGGUGCAAAAAAAAAGGAUAUGGAAUAUUAGAGAUCAAGAUAUUCCUCCAUUGGGUUUGAAAAGAUGGUUACAAGAAUAUCAAAAACUUCGCGCGGAUCCUAACAAACUUAACGCACAAGUUGAUGAAUAUAUACGUAAAUUUGAAGAAGCAGAACAAGAAAAGCAUAAAGCUUUAGAAGCAAGACGUAAUCAACCCGAUGAAGAUGGAUUUAUUCUAGUCACAGGAACUGGAAAGAGAAAUAUCAACACUGAUGGUACUAUCACUGUGACAGCAGUUAAAGCGGAUGUAGCGAAAAAUUUAAAACCAAAAAACAAGGGAUUGGUAGAUUUUUAUCGUUUCCAAAUGCGCGAAGCUAAACGCGAAAAACUCGCUGAAUUGCGAAAGAAAUUUGAAGAUGACAAACGGAAAAUUGCCGAUCUUAAAGCAGCUAGGAGAUUCAAACCUUACUGA